UUUAUUCUCCUAGCUGCAGUGAUGUUGGGCUUCAGCAUUAGCAGCUAGCCUGUCGGGGUGGAGAUACUGCCUUUUAUUUUUCUACUUCAGAACUCGUCCGGUUAAAAGGAGAAUUAGAUCGGGAAACUACUAGAGGAUUUGCCAAGAUGUGCGACUGUUUUCACCUGCCCUUUGCUACCUGGCGAGGGCCUCCAGCCAGUGGAUCUGUCCAGUGUCUGAAAGACGCCGAGACAGAAGAUGGAGAUGAUGGUUCUGUAUGUGAACUGCCAACUGAAUUUGUAGAAACUGUUAGACCAAGGCCACAAGGGUCUUCACCGGUAUAUGACUACUCAUUAACAGAGGAAAUCAGAGGCAGAGGCAAAAAGAGAGAAAUGGAAACCGACAUGGAAGUGAUUCUGAAAACAGAAGCUGAAGUAGGUGCAGGUGGAUUCAGUGUUAAGGGUGGAGAGAAUAAGGGUAUAUUUAUCAAGAAUGUACAAAAAGAAUCUCCUGCCGCAAAGCUGUUAAGCAUGAGAGAAGGUGAUCAGCUUAUCAGUGCGACAGUUUAUUUUGAUAACAUGAAAUUUGAAGAUGCUCUCAAGAUUUUGCAGUACUCCGAGCCGUACAAGAUACAGUACUGCCUGAAGCGAAAGAUCCCCAGUGCUGCAGCUGCCGCAAUAGGACCUGAGCAAGUUGAUAUAAAAGAAUUCAAAUCGAUUGUGGGAGAAAAAGAAGACAUUUUUACAGACCUAUACCAGAAGAAAACAAAACUGGUUGAUUCCGAAGAAAUGAAAAUACACAGAGAAACACAACGUCAGGAAAUGGGUAACAAGGGCACGACGAAAACAGCUAAGGUAUCAGACAUAACAUUUUCUGGCUCCACAUUCCCAGACAGCAGAAAAACAAAGAUGGACAAAUUAGACAGAUCUCACAGUUUACCAGAAGCAGAAGAGUAUGAUCAGCGGGUAAUCACUGCAACAAGCACAGAUAUAGAAUCCUGUUUAAAAUUGCCAGAAUCACCCCAAAAAGUAAAGAAACGAAGAAAAAAAAUAAAAUUUCCACAUCUUGGUCCAAGUACAAAGGCAGAGGUCCCUGAAGACACACAAAUGGUUUCCACAGACAGCACAGAAUUUUCAACAGCAAAACAAGGCAGUGCAAAAAUAAUUGUAGAUGUUACAUUACAGAACACAAAAGAUGACAAAAUAAUGACAGGAGUCAAACCAACUGAGCAAAAGCCCAAAGAUGAAAAACAAGAGACAAAUCUGGACCUAGAAACAAAAUACAAAAUGCCAAAGCUCAAAAUAGCCAAAUUUUUGCUGUCGGAAACAAUUUCUCCCAAAGAUGAUAUCACCAUUACAUUACCACAGGAAACAACAUCACACUCACUCUCACCACAAGACCAGGAGAGUGAAACAAUCCAAAUUUCACAACCAAAGGCAGAGGGUGACAAAAGACAAAAUGUAUCCCUUAAAGCUUCUGAACAACUGAAAGCCAGACCGUACGUUUCAACAGUGCAGACAACAAUACCGAGUGAACACAAAGACAAAGCAGGCUCUUCAAUACUUGGCUACACCGUACAAAUGGAACACCAAAGCACCAAUAUGCCAACCAAUGUCAUAUUACAAUCAUUUCAAGGUAAUGAAACAGAUAUAAUCAUGAAACAGCCAGAUAUUAACAUUCCACUUAAAAGUACUGAAACAGAAAUCAAAGGAUCCCAAGUACACAUCCAGGUAUCUCCAUCCAAAGGUGCCGUUGGGACAAUUCAAGAUGUGCGAAAAAAACCCAAGUUGAAGACAGUGAAGAAAAUUAAAAAGACUGCACCUGAUGAGAUGGCUCAAAAUGUUGACAUUUCUUAUCCACCAGAUGAUGCCUCUAAAGUCGAUACAGAAACAGUGAUGCUGACUGGUGAAUUCAGCGCUGGGGUUGUUCAGGUGCAAAACCCUGAUGCUUCCUUAAAAAUAGAUAAGGUAAAAGUGCCAUCAUUGGAUGUGACUCUGCCCCAAAUAAGACAUGAGAACCUUAGCCCCACAAAAUCCCAAAUUGAAGUAACUCUACCUGCUGCAUCAAUGCAGAUCAAAGGUCCAGAGACUGAAAUUCAUCCACCAACAAUGGAAGUAGGGAUUGGUUCCACAAAAAACAUUGCAGGUGCAGAUGGAAAGUUUAAAAUGCCAAAGGUAAAAAUACCACAUUUUGGGUUGUCAAUGCCAAAAUUUAAAGGCACUGAAGAAGACGUUGGUUCAAAAAAGGCAGACAGUGAGACUACAAUUACAAAAUCAAAACUAGGUAUGAAGGGUCCUGAAAUGGACACAGAAAUACCAUCCUUUGAAAUAGACAUGGAGAUUUCAGAAGCUAAGAUUGGUGGAAAAAAAGGCAAAUACAAACUACCCCACAAUAAAGGUCCCAAAAUUGGAUUUUCCGCAUCUCCCAAAUUGAAACUUGAGGAUAAUGUGCCAAAAGGUGAUGUGGAUGCGAGUAAAAAGCUGAAAGGUGAAAUUGAUGUGGAUGUAAGCCUUAGUAAACCCAAAGUUGACGUAACCCUACCUGAUGUGUCAGCAGAUAUCAAAGUUCCAGACGCUGAAAUCAACAUACCAACAAAAGAAAUAAACAUUGAAGGCCCAGAUGGCAAGUUCAAUAUGCCAACAGUAAAGAUGCCAUAUUUUGGGAUUUCAAUGCCAAAAUUUAAAGGCCCUGAAGUUGACAUUGGUCUGAAAAAAACAGACAUUGACAUUCAACUGCCCAAAGCUGAAGGACACAUCAAGGGACCUGAGAUUGAUAUCCACGCACCAACAGUGGAUCUUGAUACUGGUUCAGCAGAAAUGAACAUCGAAGGUCCAGAUGGCAAGUUUAAAAUGCCAAAGGUUAAAAAGCCAGAUUUUGGGAUGUCAAUGCCGAAAUUCAAAGGUCCUGAAGUGGAUCUAAGCCUAAAAAAGCCAGACAUUGACUUUACACUGCCCAAAGCAAAAGCAGACAUCAAAGAACCUGAGAUUGAUGUACAAAUAUCGUCGUGUGAAGUAGAUGUAGAGGUUCCUGAUGUAGACGUUGGAGGAGGAAAAGGAAAAUUCAAAAUGCCCCACAUGAAGAUGCCCAAAUUUGGAUUUUCUGCACCUGAAAUAAAAGCUCCCGAAUUGGAUCUUGAUAUGAGUUUGCCCAAGGUGAAAGGUGAAAUUGAUGCAGAUGUAAGCCUUAGUAAACCUAAAGUUGACGUAACUGUACCUGAUGUAUCAGCGCACAUCAAAGGUCCCAAGGCUGACAUCAACAUACCAACGAUGGAUGUGGAGGCAGGUUCAUCAGAAAUAAACAUUGAAGGCCCAGAUGGCAGGUUCAAGUUGCCAACAGUAAAAAUGCCACAUUUUGGGAUUUCAAAACCAAAAUUUAAAGGCCCUGAAGUGGAUCUCAGUCUGAAAAAGCCAGACAUUGACCUUACAUUGCCCAAAGCAAAAGCAGACAUCAAGGGACCUGAGAUUGAUGUACAAGUACCGUUGUGUGAAGCAAAGGUAGAGGUUCCUGAUGUUGACAUUGAAGGAAGAAAAGGAAAAUUCAAAAUGCCCCACAUGAAGAUGCCCAAAUUUGGAAUUUCUGCACCUGAUAUAAAAGCUCCCAAAUUGGAUCUUGAUGUAAGUCUCCCCAAGGUGAAAGGUGAAAUUGAUGCAGACGUAAGCCUUCGUAAGCCCAAAGUUGAUGUAACCGUACCAGAUGUAUCAGCAGACAUCAAAGGUCCCAAGGCUGACAUCAACAUACCAACGAUGGAUGUGGAGGCAGGUUCAGCAGAAAUAAACAUUGAAGGUCCAGAUGGCAAGUUCAAGUUGCCAACAGUAAAAAUGCCACAUUUUGGGAUUUCAAAGCCAAAAUGUAAAGGCCCCGAUGUGGAUCUCAGUCUGAAAAAGCCGGACAUUGACAUUAAAUUGCCCAAAGCAAAAGCAGACAUCAAGGGAACUGAGAUUGAUGUACAAGUACCGUUGUGUGAAGCAAAUGUAGAGGCUCCUGAUGUUGACAUUGGAGGAAGAAAAGGAAAAUUCAAAAUGCCCCACAUGAAGAUGCCGAAAUUUGGAAUUUCUGCUCCUGAUUUAGAAGCUCCCAAAUGGGAUCUUGAUGUGAGUUUGCCAAAAGGUGACGUGGAAGUGAGUUUGCCCACUGUGAAAGGUGAAAUUGAUACAGAUGUAAACCUUAGUAAACCCAAAGUUGACGUAACACUACCUGAUGUUUCAGUGGACAUCAAAGCUCCCAAGGCUGAUGUCCAAAUACCAACGAUGGAAUUGGAAGCAGGUUCAGCAGAAAUAAACAUUGAAGGUCCAGAUGGCAAGUUCAAGUUGCCAACAGUAAAAAUGCCACAUUUUGGGUUCUCAAUGACGAAAUUCAAAGGCCCUGAAGUGGAUCUGAGUCUGAAAAAGCCAGACAUUGACCUUGCACUUCCUGAAACAAAAGCAGACAUCAAGGGACAUGAGAUUAAUGUACAAGUACCGUUGUGUGAAGCAAGUGUAGAGGCUCCUGAUGUAAACAUUGGAGGGGGAAAAGGAAAAUUCAAAAUGCCCCACAUGAAGAUGCCCAAAUUUGGAAUUUCUGCACCUGAUAUAAAAGCUCCCAAAUUGGAUCUUGAUGGUCGUCUCCCCAAGGUGAAAGGUGAAAUUGAUGCAAACGUAAGCCUUCGUAAGCCCAAAGUUGAUGUAACCGUACCAGAUGUAUCAGCAGACAUCAAAGGGCCCAAGGCUGACAUCAACAUACCACCGAUGGAUGUGGAGGCAGGUUCAGCAGAAAUAAACAUUGAAGGUCCAGAUGGCAAAUUCAAGUUGCCAACAGUAAAAAUGCCACAUUUUGGGAUUUCAAAGCCAAAAUUUAAAGGCACCGAUGUGGAUCUCAGUCUGAAAAAGCCGGACAUUGACCUUAAAUUGCCCAAAGCAAAAGCAGACAUCAAGGGAACUGAGAUUGAUGUACAAGUACCGUUGUGUGAAGCAAAUGUAGAGGCUCCUGAUGUUGACAUUGGAGGAAGAAAAGGAAAAUUCAAAACGCCCCACAUGAAGAUACCGAAAUUUGGAAUUUCUGCUCCUGAUUUAGAAGCUCCCAAAUGGGAUCUUGAUGUGAGUUUGCCAAAAGGUGAUGUGGAAGUGAGUUUGCCCACUGUGAAAGGUGAAAUUGAUACAGAUAUAAACCUUAGUAAACCCAAAGUUGACGUAACACUACCUGAUGUUUCAGUGGACUUCAAAGCUCCCAAGGCUGAUGUCCAAAUACCAACAAUGGAAUUGGAAGCAGGUUCAGCAGAAAUAAACAUUGAAGGUCCAGAUGGCAAGUUCAAGUUGCCAACAGUAAAAAUGCCACAUUUUGGGAUGUCAAUCCCGAAACUCGAAGGCCCUGAAGUGGAUCUCAGUCUGAAAAAGCCGGACAUUGACCUUAAAUUGCCCAAAGCAAAAGCAGACAUCAAGGGACCUGAGAUUGAUGUACAAGUACCGUUGUGUGAAGCAAAGGUAGAGGUUCCUGAUGUUGACAUUGGAGAGGGAAAAGGCAAAUUCAAAAUGCCCCACAUGAAGGUGCCCAAAUUUGGAAUUUCUGCACCUGAUAUAAAAGCUCCCAAAUUGGAUCUUGAUGUAAGUCUCCCCAAGGUGAAAGGUGAAAUUGAUGCAGACGUAAGCCUUCGUAAGCCCAAAGUUGAUGUAACCGUACCAGAUGUAUCAGCAGACAUCAAAGGUCCCAAGGCUGACAUCAACAUACCAACGAUGGAUGUGGAGGCAGGUUCAGCAGAAAUAAACAUUGAAGGUCCAGAUGGCAAGUUCAAGUUGCCAACAGUAAAAAUGCCACAUUUUGGGAUUUCAAAGCCAAAAUGUAAAGGCCCCGAUGUGGAUCUCAGUCUGAAAAAGCCGGACAUUGACCUUAAAUUGCCCAAAGCAAAAGCAGACAUCAAGGGACCUGAGAUUGAUUUACAAUUACCUUCAUGUCCAGUAGUUGUAGAGGCUCCUGAUGUAGACAUUGGAGGGGGAAAAGGAAAAUUCAAAAUGCCCCACAUGAAGAUGCCGAAAUUUGGAAUUUCUGCUCCUGAUUUAGAAGCUCCCAAAUGGGAUCUUGAUGUGAGUUUGCCAAAAGGUAAUGUGGAAGUGAGUUUGCCCACUGUGAAAGGUGAAAUUGAUACAGAUGUAAACCUUAGUAAACCCAAAGUUGACGUAACAUUACCUGAUGUUUCAGUGGACAUUAAAGCUCCCAAGGCUGAUGUCCAAAUACCAACGAUGGAAUUGGAAGCAGGUUCAGCAGAAAUAAACAUUGAAGGUCCAGAUGGCAAGUUCAAGUUGCCAACAGUAAAAAUGCCACAUUUUGGGUUCUCAAUGACGAAAUUCAAAGGCCCUGAAGUGGAUCUGAGUCUGAAAAAGCCAGACAUUGACCUUGCACUUCCUGAAACAAAAGCAGACAUCAAGGGACCUGAGAUUAAUGUACAAUUACCUUCAUGUGCAGUAGGUGUAGAGGCUCCUGAUGUAGACAUUGGAGGGGGAAAAGGAAAAUUCAAAAUGCCCCACAUGAAGAUGCCCAAAUUUGGAAUUUCUGCACGUGAUAUAAAAGCUACCAAAUUGGAUCUUGAUGUAAGUCUCCCCAAGGUGAAAGGCGAAAUUGAUGCAGAUGUAAGCCUUCGUAAGCCCAAAGUUGAUGUAACCGUACCAGAUAUAUCAGCAGACAUCAAAGGGCCCAAGGCUGACAUCAACAUACCAACAAUGGAAUUGGAAGCAGGUUCGGCAGAAAUAAACAUUGAAGGUCCAGAUGGCAAGUUCAAGUUGCCAACAGUAAAAAUGCCACAUUUUGGGAUGUCAAUGCCGAAAUUCGAAGGCCCUGAAUUGGAUCUCAGUCUGAAAAAGCCGGACAUUGACCUUAAAUUGCUCAAAGCAAAAGCAGACAUCAAGGGACCUGAGAUUGAUGUACAAGUACCGUUGUGUGAAGCAAAUGUAGAGGCUCCUGAUGUUGACAUUGUAGGGGGAAAAGGAAAAUUCAAAAUGCCCCACAUGAAGAUGCCCAAAUUUGGAAUUUCUGCUCCUGAUAUAAAAGCUCCUAAAUGGGAUCUUGAUAUGAGUUUGCCAAAAGGUGACGUGGAAGUGAGUUUUCCCACUGUGAAAGGUGAAAUUGAUACAGAUAGAAACCUUAGUAAACCCAAAGUUGACGUAACACUACCCGAUGUUUCAGUGGACUUCAAAGCUCCCAAGGCUGAUGUCCAAAUACCAACGAUGGAAUUGGAAGCAGGUUCGGCAGAAAUAAACAUUGAAGGUCCAGAUGGCAAGUUCAAGUUGCCAACAGUAAAAAUGCCACAUUUUGGGAUGUCAAUGCCGAAAUUCGAAGGCCCUGAAUUGGAUCUCAGUCUGAAAAAGCCGGACAUGGACUUUAAAUUGCCCAAAGCAAAAGCAGACAUCAAGGGACCUGAGAUUCAUGUACAAGUACCGUUGUAUGAAGCAAAUGUAGAGGCUCCUGAUGUUGACAUUGGAGGGGGAAAAGGAAAAUUCAAAACGCCCCACAUGAAGAUGCCCAAAUUUGGAAUUUCUGCACCUGAUAUAAAAGCUCCCAAAUUGGAUCUUGAUGUAAGUCUCCCUCAGGUGAAAGGUGAAAUUGAUGCAGACGUAAGCCUUCGUAAGCCCAAAGUUGAUGUAACCGUACCAGAUGUAUCAGCGGACAUCAAAGGGCCCAAGGCUGACAUCAACAUACCGAGGAUGGAUGUGGAGGCAGGUUCAGCAGAAAUAAACAUUGAAGGUCCAGAUGGCGAGUUCAAGUUGCCAACAGUAAAAAUGCCACAUUUUGGGAUUCCAAAGCUAAAAUUUAAAGGCCCUGAAGUGGAUCUCAGUCUGAAAAAGCCGGACAUUGACCUUACAUUGCCCAAAGCAAAAGCAGACAUCAAGGGACCUGAGAUUGAUUUACCAUUACCUUCAUGUCCAGUAGUUGUAGAGGCUCCUGAUGUAGACAUUGGAGGGGGAAAAGGAAAAUUCAAAAUGCCCCACAUGAAGAUGCCGAAAUUUGGAAUUUCUGCUCCUGAUUUAGAAGCUCCCAAAUGGGAUCUUGAUGUGAGUUUGCCAAAAGGUGAUGUGGAAGUGAGUUUGCCCACUGUGAAAGGUGAAAUUGAUACAGAUAUAAACCUUAGUAAACCCAAAGUUGACGUAACACUACCCGAUGUUUCAGUGGACUUCAAAGCUCCCAAGGCUGAUGUCCAAAUACCAACGAUGGAAUUGGAAUCAGGUUCAGCAGAAAUAAACAUUGAAGGUCCAGAUGGCAAGUUCAAGUUGCCAACAGUAAAAAUGCCACAUUUUGGGAUGUCAAUGCCGAAAUUCGAAGGCCCUGAAUUGGAUCUCAGUCUGAAAAAGCCGGACAUUGACCUUAAAUUGCCCAAAGCAAAAGCAGACAUCAAGGGACCUGAGAUUGAUUUACAAUUACCUUCAUGUCCAGUAGUUGUAGAGGCUCCUGAUGUAGACAUUGGAGGGGGAAAAGGAAAAUUCAAAAUGCCCCACAUGAAGAUGCCCAAAUUUGGAAUUUCUGCUCCUGAUUUAGAAGCUCCCAAAUGGGAUCUUGAUGUGAGUUUGCCAAAAGGUAACGUGGAAGUGAGUUUGCCCACUGUGAAAGGUGAAAUUGAUACAGAUGUAAACCUAAGUAAACCCAAAGUUGACGUAACAUUACCUGAUGUUUCAGUGGACAUCAAAGCUCCCAAGGCUGAUGUCCAAAUACCAACGAUGGAAUUGGAAGCAGGUUCAGCAGAAAUAAACAUUGAAGGUCCAGAUGGCAAGUUCAAGUUGCCAACAGUAAAAAUGCCACAUUUUGGGUUCUCAAUGACGAAAUUCAAAGGCCCUGAAGUGGAUUUGAGUCUGAAAAAGCCAGACAUUGACCUUGCACUUCCUGAAACAAAAGCAGACAUCAAGGGACCUGAGAUUAAUGUACAACUACCUUCAUGUGCAGUAGGUGUAGAGGCUCCUGAUGUAGACAUUGGAGGGGGAAAAGGAAAAUUCAAAAUGCCCCACAUGAAGAUGCCCAAAUUUGGAAUUUCUGCACCUGAUAUAAAAGCUCCCAAAUUGGAUCUUGAUGUAAGUCUCCCCAAGGUGAAAGGCGAAAUUGAUGCAGAUGUAAGCCUUCGUAAGCCCAAAGUUGAUGUAACCGUACCAGAUGUAUCAGCGGACAUCAAAGGGCCCAAGGCUGACAUCAACAUACCAACGAUGGAAUUGGAAGCAGGUUCAGCAGAAAUAAACAUUGAAGGUCCAGAUGGCAAGUUCAAGUUGCCAACAGUAAAAAUGCCACAUUUUGGGAUGUCAAUGCCGAAAUUCGAAGGCCCUGAAUUGGAUCUCAGUCUGAAAAAGCCGGACAUUGACUUUAAAUUGCCCAAAGCAAAAGCAGACAUCAAGGGACCUGAGAUUGAUGUACAAGUACCGUUGUGUGCAGCAAAUGUAGAGGCUCCUGAUGUUGACAUUGGAAUGCCCAAAUUUGGAAUUUCUGCACCUGAUACAAAAGCUCCCAAAUUGGAUCUUGAUGUAAGUCUCCCCAAGGUGAAAGGUGAAAUUGAUGCAGACGUAAGCCUUCGUAAGCCCAAAGUUGAUGUAACCGUACCAGAUGUAUCAGCGGACAUCAAAGGGCCCAAGGCUGACAUCAACAUACCGAGGAUAGAUGUGGAGGCAGGUUCAGCAGAAAUAAACAUUGAAGGUCCAGAUGGCAGGUUCAAGUUGCCAACAGUAAAAAUGCCACAUUUUGGGAUUUCAAAACCAAAAUUUAAAGGCCCUGAAGUGGAUCUCAGUCUGAAAAAGCCGGACAUUGACCUUACAUUGCCCAAAGCAAAAGCAGACAUCAAGGGACCUGAGAUUGAUGUACAAGUACCGUUGUGUGAAGCAAAUGUAGAGGCUCCUGAUGUUGACAUUGGAGGCGGAAAAGGAAAAUUCAAAAUGCCCCACAUGAAGAUGCCCAAAUUUGGAAUUUCUGCACCUGAUAUAAAAGCUCCCAAAUUGGAUCUUGAUGUAAGUCUCCCCAAGGUGAAAGGUGAAAUUGAUGCAGACGUAAGCCUUCGUAAGCCCAAAGUUGAUGUAACCGUACCAGAUGUAUCAGUGGACAUCAAAGGGCCCAAGGCUGACAUCAACAUACCGACGAUGGAUGUGGAGGCAGGUUCAGCAGAAAUAAACAUUGAAGGUCCAGAUGGCAAGUUCAAGUUGCCAACAGUAAAAAUGCCACAUUUUGGGGUGUCAAUGCCGAAAUUCGAAGGCCCUGAAUUGGAUCUCAGUCUGAAAAAGCCGGACAUUGACCUUAAAUUGCCCAAAGCAAAAGCAGACAUCAAGGGACCUGAGAUUGAUUUACAAUUACCUUCAUGUCCAGUAGCUGUAGAGGCUCCUGAUGUAGACAUUGGAGGGGGAAAAGGAAAAUUCAAAAUGCCCCACAUGAAGAUGCCCAAAUUUGGAAUUUCUGCUCCUGAUUUAGAAGCUCCCAAAUGGGAUCUUGAUGUGAGUUUGCCAAAAGGUAACGUGGAAGUGAGUUUGCCCACUGUGAAAGGUGAAAUUGAUACAGAUGUAAACCUUAGUAAACCCAAAGUUGACGUAACAUUACCUGAUGUUUCAGUGGACAUCAAAGCUCCCAAGGCUGAUGUCCAAAUACCAACGAUGGAAUUGGAAGCAGGUUCAGCAGAAAUAAACAUUGAAGGUCCAGAUGGCAAGUUCAAGUUGCCAACAGUAAAAAUGCCACAUUUUGGGUUCUCAAUGCCGAAAUUUAAAGGCCCUGAAGUGGAUCUCAGUCUGAAAAAGCCGGACAUUGACCUUACAUUGCCCAAAGCAAAAGCAGACAUCAAGGGACCUGAGAUUGAUGUACAAUUACCUUCAUGUGCAGUAGGUGUAGAGAUUCCUGAUGUUGACAUUGGAGGGGGAAAAGGAAAAUUCAUAAUGCCCCACAUCAAGAUGCCCAAAUUUGGAAUUUCUGCACCUGAUAUAAAAUCUCCCAAAUUGGAUCUUGAUGUAAGUCUCCCCAAGGUGAAAGGUGAAAUUGAUGCAGACGUAAGCCUUGAUAAGCCCAAAGUUGACGUAACCGUACCUGAUGUAUCACUGGACAUCAAAGGGCCCAAGGCUGACAUCAACAUACCAACGAUGGAUGUGGAGGCAGGUUCAUCAGAAAUAAACAUUGAAGGUCCAGAUGGCAAGUUCAAGUUGCCAACAGUAAAAAUGCCACAUUUUGGGAUUUCAAAACCAAAAUUUAAAGGCCCUGAAGUGGAUCUCAGUCUGAAAAAGCCGGACAUUGACCUUACAUUGCCCAAAGCAAAAGCAGACAUCAAGGGACCUGAGAUUGAUGUACAAGUACCGUUGUGUGAAGCAAAGGUAGAGGUUCCUGAUGUUGACAUUGAAGGAAGAAAAGGAAAAUUCAAAAUGCCCCACAUGAAGAUGCCCAAAUUUGGAAUUUCUGCACCUGAUAUAAAAGCUCCCAAAUUGGAUCUUGAUGUAAGUCUCCCCAAGGUGAAAGGUGAAAUUGAUGCAGACGUAAGCCUUCGUAAGCCCAAAGUUGACGUAACCGUACCUGAUGUAUCAGUGGACAUCAAAGGGCCCAAGGCUGACAUCAACAUACCAACGAUGGAUGUGGAGGCAGGUUCAGCAGAAAUAAACAUUGAAGGUCCAGAUGGCAAUUUUAAAAUGCCAACAGUAAAAAUGCCACAUUUUGGGAUGUCAAUGCCGAAAUUCAGAGGCCCUAAAGUGGAUCUGAGUCUGAAAAAGCCAGACAUUGACCUUGCACUUCCUAAAGCAGAAGCAGACAUCAAGGGACCUGCGAUUGAUGUACAAUUACCUUCAUGUGCAGUAAGCGUAGAGGCUCCUGAUGUAGACAUUGGAGGGGGAAAAGGAAAAUUCAAAAUGCCCCACAUGAAGAUGCCCAAAUUUGGAAUUUCUUCACCUGAUUUAGAAGCUCCCAAAUGGGAUCUUGAUGUGAGUUUGCCAAAAGGUGACGUGGAAGUGAGUUUGCCCACUGUGAAAGGUGAAAUUGAUACAGAUAUAAACCUUAGAAAACCCAAAGUUGACGUAACACUACCUGAUGUUUCAGUGGACAUCAAAGCUCCCAAGGCUGAUGUCCAAAUACCAACGACGGAAUUGGAACCAGGUUCAGCAGAAAUAAACAUUGAAGGUCCAGAUGGCAAGUUCAAGUUGCCAACAGUAAAAAUGCCACAUUUUGGGGUGUCAAUGCCGAAAUUCGAAGGCCCUGAAUUGGAUCUCAGUCUGAAAAAGCCGGACAUUGACCUUAAAUUGCCCAAAGCAAAAGCAGACAUCAAGGGACCUGAGAUUGAUUUACAAUUACCUUCAUGUCCAGUAGUUGUAGAGGCUCCUGAUGUAGACAUUGGAGGGGGAAAAGGAAAAUUCAAAAUGCCCCACAUGAAGAUGCCCAAAUUUGGAAUUUCUUCACCUGAUUUAGAAGCUCCCAAAUGGGAUCUUGAUGUGAGUUUGCCAAAAGGUGACGUGGAAGUGAGUUUGCCCACUGUGAAAGGUGAAAUUGAUACAGAUAUAAACCUUAGAAAACCCAAAGUUGACGUAACACUACCUGAUGUUUCAGUGGACAUCAAAGCUCCCAAGGCUGAUGUCCAAAUACCAACGAUGGAAUUGGAAGCAGGUUCAGCAGAAAUAAACAUUGAAGGUCCAGAUGGCAAGUUCAAGUUGCCAACAGUAAAAAUGCCACAUUUUGGGUUCUCAAUGACGAAAUUCAAAGGCCCUGAAGUGGAUUUGAGUCUGAAAAAGCCAGACAUUGACCUUGCACUUCCUGAAACAAAAGCAGACAUCAAGGGACCUGAGAUUAAUGUACAACUACCUUCAUGUGCAGUAGGUGUAGAGGCUCCUGAUGUAGACAUUGGAGGGGGAAAAGGAAAAUUCAAAAUGCCCCACAUGAAGAUGCCCAAAUUUGGAAUUUCUGCACCUGAUAUAAAAGCUCCCAAAUUGGAUCUUGAUGUAAGUCUCCCCAAGGUGAAAGGCGAAAUUGAUGCAGAUGUAAGCCUUCGUAAGCCCAAAGUUGAUGUAACCGUACCAGAUGUAUCAGCGGACAUCAAAGGGCCCAAGGCUGACAUCAACAUACCAACGAUGGAAUUGGAAGCAGGUUCAGCAGAAAUAAACAUUGAAGGUCCAGAUGGCAAGUUCAAGUUGCCAACAGUAAAAAUGCCACAUUUUGGGAUGUCAAUGCCGAAAUUCGAAGGCCCUGAAUUGGAUCUCAGUCUGAAAAAGCCGGACAUUGACUUUAAAUUGCCCAAAGCAAAAGCAGACAUCAAGGGACCUGAGAUUGAUGUACAAGUACCGUUGUGUGCAGCAAAUGUAGAGGCUCCUGAUGUUGACAUUGGAGUGGGAAAAGGAAAAUUCAAAAUGCCCCACAUGAAGAUGCCCAAAUUUGGAAUUUCUGCACCUGAUACAAAAGCUCCCAAAUUGGAUCUUGAUGUAAGUCUCCCCAAGGUGAAAGGUGAAAUUGAUGCAGACGUAAGCCUUCGUAAGCCCAAAGUUGAUGUAACCGUACCAGAUGUAUCAGCGGACAUCAAAGGGCCCAAGGCUGACAUCAACAUACCGAGGAUAGAUGUGGAGGCAGGUUCAGCAGAAAUAAACAUUGAAGGUCCAGAUGGCAGGUUCAAGUUGCCAACAGUAAAAAUGCCACAUUUUGGGAUUUCAAAACCAAAAUUUAAAGGCCCUGAAGUGGAUCUCAGUCUGAAAAAGCCGGACAUUGACCUUACAUUGCCCAAAGCAAAAGCAGACAUCAAGGGACCUGAGAUUGAUGUACAAUUACCUUCACGUGCAGUAGGUGUAGAGGUUCCUGAUGUUGACAUUGGAGGAAGAAAAGGAAAAUUCAAAAUGCCCCACAUGAAGAUGCCCAAAUUUGGAAUUUCUGCACCUGAUAUAAAAGCUCCCAAAUUGGAUCUUGAUGUAAGUCUCCCCAAGGUGAAAGGUGAAAUUGAUGCAGACGUAAGCCUUCGUAAGCCCAAAGUUGACGUAACCGUACCUGAUGUAUCAGUGGACAUCAAAGGGCCCAAGGCUGACAUCAACAUACCAACGAUGGAUGUGGAGGCAGGUUCAGCAGAAAUAAACAUUGAAGGUCCAGAUGGCAAUUUUAAAAUGCCAACAGUAAAAAUGCCACAUUUUGGGAUGUCAAUGCCGAAAUUCAGAGGCCCUAAAGUGGAUCUGAGUCUGAAAAAGCCAGACAUUGACCUUGCACUUCCUAAAGCAGAAGCAGACAUCAAGGGACCUGCGAUUGAUGUACAAUUACCUUCAUGUGCAGUAAGCGUAGAGGCUCCUGAUGUAGACAUUGGAGGGGGAAAAGGAAAAUUCAAAAUGCCCCACAUGAAGAUGCCCAAAUUUGGAAUUUCUGCACCUGAUUUAGAAGCUCCCAAAUGGGAUCUUGAUGUGAGUUUGCCAAAAGGUGACGUGGAAGUGAGUUUGCCCACUGUGAAAGGUGAAAUUGAUACAGAUAUAAACCUUAGAAAACCCAAAGUUGACGUUACACUACCUGAUGUUUCAGUGGACAUCAAAGCUCCCAAGGCUGAUGUCCAAAUACCAACGAUGGAAUUGGAACCAGGUUCAGCAGAAAUAAACAUUGAAGGUCCAGAUGGCAAGUUCAAGUUGCCAACAGUAAAAAUGCCACAUUUUGGGUUCCCAAUGCCGAAAUUCAAAGGCCCUGAAGUGGAUCUGAGUCUGAAAAAGCCAGACAUUGACCUUGCACUUCCUGAAGCAAAAGCAGACAUCAAGGGACCUGCGAUUGAUGUACAAUUACCAUCACGUGCAGUAGGUGUAGAGGCUCCUGAUGUAGACAUUGGAGGGGGAAAAGGAAAAUUCAAAAUGCCCCACAUGAAGAUGCCCAAAUUUGGAAUUUCUGCACCUGAUAUAAAAGCUCCCAAAUUGGAUCUUGAUGUAAGUCUCCCCAAGGUGAAAGGCGAAAUUGAUGCAGACGUAAGCCUUCAUAAGACCAAAGUUGAUGUCACCGUACCUGAUGUAUCAGUGGACAUCAAAGGGCCCAAGGCUGACAUCAACAUACCGACGAUGGAUGUGGAGGCAGGUUCAGCAGAAAUAAACAUUGAAGGUCCAGAUGGCAAGUUCAAGUUGCCAACAGUAAAAAUGCCACAUUUUGGGGUGUCAAUGCCGAAAUUCGAAGGCCCUGAAUUGGAUCUCAGUCUGAAAAAGCCGGACAUUGACCUUAAAUUGCCCAAAGCAAAAGCAGACAUCAAGGGACCUGAGAUUGAUUUACAAUUACCUUCAUGUCCAGUAGUUGUAGAGGCUCCUGAUGUAGACAUUGGAGGGGGAAAAGGAAAAUUCAAAAUGCCCCACAUGAAGAUGCCCAAAUUUGGAAUUUCUGCUCCUGAUUUAGAAGCUCCCAAAUGGGAUCUUGAUGUGAGUUUGCCAAAAGGUGAUGUGGAAGUGAGUUUGCCCACUGUGAAAGGUGAAAUUGAUACAGAUAUAAACCUUAGAAAACCCAAAGUUGACGUAACACUACCUGAUGUUUCAGUGGACAUCAAAGCUCCCAAGGCUGAUGUCCAAAUACCAACGAUGGAAUUGGAAGCAGGUUCAGCAGAAAUAAACAUUGAAGGUCCAGAUGGCAAGUUCAAGUUGCCAACAGUAAAAAUGCCACAUUUUGGGUUCUCAAUGCCGAAAUUCAAAGGCCCUGAAGUGGAUCUCAGUCUGAAAAAGCCGGACAUUGACCUUACAUUGCCCAAAGCAAAAGCAGACAUCAAGGGACCUGAGAUUGAUGUACAAUUACCUUCAUGUGCAGUAGGUGUAGAGAUUCCUGAUGUUGACAUUGGAGGGGGAAAAGGAAAAUUCAAAAUGCCCCACAUGAAGAUGCCCAAAUUUGGAAUUUCUGCACCUGAUAUAAAAGCUCCCAAAUUGGAUCUUGAUGUAAGUCUCCCCAAGGUGAAAGGUGAAAUUGAUGCAGAUGUAAGCCUUCAUAAGCCCAAAGUUGACGUAACCGUACCUGAUGUAUCAGUGGACAUCAAAGGGCCCAAGGCUGACAUCAACAUACCAACGAUGGAUGUGGAGGCAGGUUCAGCAGAAAUAAACAUUGAAGGUCCAGAUGGCAAGUUCAAGUUGCCAACAGUAAAAAUGCCACAUUUUGGGAUUUCAAAACCAAAAUUUAAAGGCCCUGAAGUGGAUCUCAGUCUGAAAAAGCCGGACAUUGACCUAACAUUGCCCAAAGCAAAAGCAGACAUCAAGGGACCUGAGAUUGAUGUACAAGUACCGUUGUGUGAAGCAAAGGUAGAGGUUCCUGAUGUUGACAUUGGAGGAAGAAAAGGAAAAUUCAAAAUGCCCCACAUGAAGAUGCCCAAAUUUGGAAUUUCUGCACCUGAUAUAAAAGCUCCCAAAUUGGAUCUUGAUGUGAGUUUGCCAAAAGGUGACGUGGAAGUGAGUUUGCCCACGGUGAAAGGUGAAAUUGAUACAGAUAUAAACCUUAGAAAACCCAAAGUUGACGUAACACUACCUGAUGUUUCAGUGGACAUCAAAGCUCCCAAGGCUGAUGUCCAAAUACCAACGAUGGAAUUGGAACCAGGUUCAGCAGAAAUAAACAUUGAAGGUCCAGAUGGCAAGUUCAAGUUGCCAACAGUAAAAAUGCCACAUUUUGGGUUCUCAAUGCCGAAAUUCAAAGGCCCUGAAGUGGAUCUGAGUCUGAAAAAGCCAGACAUUGACCUUGCACUUCCUGAAGCAAAAGCAGACAUCAAGGGACCUGCGAUUGAUGUACAAUUACCUUCAUGUGCAGUAGGUGUAGAGGCUCCUGAUGUAGACAUUGGAGGGGGAAAAGGAAAAUUCAAAAUGCCCCACAUGAAGAUGCCCAAAUUUGGAAUUUCUGCACCUGAUAUAAAAGCUCCCAAAUUGGAUCUUGAUGUAAGUCUCCCCAAGGUGAAAGGUGAAAUUGAUGCAGACGUAAGCCUUCGUAAGCCCAAAGUUGAUGUAACCGUACCAGAUGUAUCAGUGGACAUCAAAGGGCCCAAGGCUGACAUCAACAUACCGACGAUGGAUGUGGAGGCAGGUUCAGCAGAAAUAAACAUUGAAGGUCCAGAUGGCAAGUUCAAGUUGCCAACAGUAAAAAUGCCACAUUUUGGGGUGUCAAUUCCGAAAUUCAGAGGCCCUAAAGUGGAUCUGAGUCUGAAAAAGCCAGACAUUGACCUUGCACUUCCUAAAGCAGAAGCAGACAUCAAGGGACCUGCGAUUGAUGCACAAUUACCUUCAUGUGCAGUAAGCGUAGAGGCUCCUGAUGUAGACAUUGGAGGGGGAAAAGGAAAAUUCAAAAUGCCCCACAUGAAGAUGCCCAAAUUUGGAAUUUCUGCACCUGAUUUAGAAGCUCCCAAAUGGGAUCUUGAUGUGAGUUUGCCAAAAGGUGACGUGGAAGUGAGUUUGCCCACUGUGAAAGGUGAAAUUGAUACAGAUAUAAACCUUAGAAAACCCAAAGUUGACGUAACACUACCUGAUGUUUCAGUGGACAUCAAAGCUCCCAAGGCUGAUGUCCAAAUACCAACGAUGGAAUUGGAACCAGGUUCAGCAGAAAUAAACAUUGAAGGUCCAGAUGGCAAGUUCAAGUUGCCAACAGUAAAAAUGCCACAUUUUGGGUUCUCAAUGCCGAAAUUCAAAGGCCCUGAAGUGGAUCUGAGUCUGAAAAAGCCAGACAUUGACCUUGCACUUCCUGAAGCAAAAGCAGACAUCAAGGGACCUGCGAUUGAUGUACAAUUACCUUCAUGUGCAGUAGGUGUAGAGGCUCCUGAUGUAGACAUUGGAGGGGGAAAAGGAAAAUUCAAAAUGCCCCACAUGAAGAUGCCCAAAUUUGGAAUUUCUGCACCUGAUAUAAAAGCUCCCAAAUUGGAUCUUGAUGUAAGUCUCCCCAAGGUGAAAGGCGAAAUUGAUGCAGACGUAAGCCUUCAUAAGACCAAAGUUGAUGUCACCGUACCUGAUGUAUCAGUGGACAUCAAAGGGCCCAAGGCUGACAUCAACAUACCGACGAUGGAUGUGGAGGCAGGUUCAGCAGAAAUAAACAUUGAAGGUCCAGAUGGCAAGUUCAAGUUGCCAACAGUAAAAAUGCCACAUUUUGGGGUGUCAAUGCCGAAAUUCGAAGGCCCUGAAUUGGAUCUCAGUCUGAAAAAGCCGGACAUUGACCUUAAAUUGCCCAAAGCAAAAGCAGACAUCAAGGGACCUGAGAUUGAUUUACAAUUACCUUCAUGUCCAGUAGUUGUAGAGGCUCCUGAUGUAGACAUUGGAGGGGGAAAAGGAAAAUUCAAAAUGCCCCACAUGAAGAUGCCCAAAUUUGGAAUUUCUGCUCCUGAUUUAGAAGCUCCCAAAUGGGAUCUUGAUGUGAGUUUGCCAAAAGGUGAUGUGGAAGUGAGUUUACCCACUGUGAAAGGUGAAAUUGAUACAGAUAUAAACCUUAGAAAACCCAAAGUUGACGUAACACUACCUGAUGUUUCAGUGGACAUCAAAGCUCCCAAGGCUGAUGUCCAAAUAUCAACGAUGGAAUUGGAAGCAGGUUCAGCAGAAAUAAACAUUGAAGGUCCAGAUGGCAAGUUCAAGUUGCCAACAGUAAAAAUGCCACAUUUUGGGUUCUCAAUGCCGAAAUUCAAAGGCCCUGAUGUGGAUCUCAGUCUGAAAAAGCCGGACAUUGACCUUACAUUGCCCAAAGCAAAAGCAGACAUCAAGGGACCUGAGAUUGAUUUACAAUUACCUUCAUGUGCAGUAGGUGUAGAGAUUCCUGAUGUUGACAUUGGAGGGGGAAAAGGAAAAUUCAAAAUGCCCCACAUGAAGAUGCCCAAAUUUGGAAUUUCUGCACCUGAUAUAAAAUCUCCCAAAUUGGAUCUUGAUGUAAGUCUCCCCAAGGUGAAAGGUGAAAUUGAUGCAGACGUAAGCCUUCAUAAGCCCAAAGUUGACGUAACCGUACCUGAUGUAUCAGUGGACAUCAAAGGGCCCAAGGCUGACAUCAACAUACCAACGAUGGAUGUGGAGGCAGGUUCAGCAGAAAUAAACAUUGAAGGUCCAGAUGGCAAGUUCAAGUUGCCAACAGUAAAAAUGCCAUAUUUUGGGAUUUCAAAACCAAAAUUUAAAGGCCCUGAAGUGGAUCUCAGUCUGAAAAAGCCGGACAUUGACCUUACAUUGCCCAAAGCAAAAGCAGACAUCAAGGGACCUGAGAUUGAUGUACAAGUACCGUUGUGUGAAGCAAAGGUAGAGGUUCCUGAUGUUGACAUUGGAGGAAGAAAAGGAAAAUUCAAAAUGCCCCACAUGAAGAUGCCCAAAUUUGGAAUUUCUGCACCUGAUAUAAAAGCUCCCAAAUUGGAUCUUGAUGUAAGUCUCCCCAAGGUGAAAGGUGAAAUUGAUGCAGACGUAAGCCUUCGUAAGCCCAAAGUUGACGUAACCGUACCUGAUGUAUCAGUGGACAUCAAAGGGCCCAAGGCUGACAUCAACAUACCAACGAUGGAUGUGGAGGCAGGUUCAGCAGAAUUAAACAUUGAAGGUCCAGAUGGCAAUUUUAAAGUGCCAACAGUAAAAAUGCCACAUUUUGGGAUGUCAAUGCCGAAAUUCAGAGGCCCUAAAGUGGAUCUGAGUCUGAAAAAGCCAGACAUUGACCUUGCACUUCCUAAAGCAGAAGCAGACAUCAAGGGACCUGCGAUUGAUGCACAAUUACCUUCAUGUGCAGUAAGCGUAGAGGCUCCUGAUGUAGACAUUGGAGGGGGAAAAGGAAAAUUCAAAAUGCCCCACAUGAAGAUGCCCAAAUUUGGAAUUUCUUCACCUGAUUUAGAAGCUCCCAAAUGGGAUCUUGAUGUGAGUUUGCCAAAAGGUGACGUGGAAGUGAGUUUGCCCACUGUGAAAGGUGAAAUUGAUACAGAUAUAAACCUUAGAAAACCCAAAGUUGACGUAACACUACCUGAUGUUUCAGUGGACAUCAAAGCUCCCAAGGCUGAUGUCCAAAUACCACCGAUGGAAUUGGAAGCAGGUUCAGCAGAAAUAAACAUUGAAGAUCCAGAUAGGAAGUUUAAAAUGCCAACAGUAAAAAUGCCACAUUUUGGGAUGUCAAUGCCAAAGUUUAGAGGCCCUGAAGUGGAUCUGAGUCUGAAAAAGCCGGACAUUGACCUUAAAUUGCCCAAAGCAAAAGCAGACAUCAAGGGACCUGAGAUUGAUGUACAAGUACCGUUGUGUGAAGCAAAUGUAGAGGUUCCUGAUGUUGACAUUGGAGGAAGAACAGGAAAAUUCAAAAUGCCCCACAUGAAAAUGCCCAAAUUUGGAAUUUCUGCUCCUGAUUUAGAAGCUCCCAAAUGGGAUCUUGAUGUGAGUUUGCCAAAAGGUGAUGUGGAAGUGAGUUUGCCCACUGUGAAAGGUGAAAUUGAUACAGAUAUAAACCUUAGAAAACCCAAAGUUGACGUAACACUACCCGAUGUUUCAGUGGACUUCAAAGCUCCCAAGGCUGAUGUCCAAAUACCAACGAUGGAAUUGGAAGCAGGUUCAGCAGAAAUAAACAUUGAAGGUCCAGAUGGCAAGUUCAAGUUGCCAACAGUAAAAAUGCCACAUUUUGGGAUGUCAAUGCCGAAAUUCGAAGGCCCUGAAUUGGAUCUCAGUCUGAAAAAGCCGGACAUUGACCUUAAAUUGCUCAAAGCAAAAGCAGACAUCAAGGGACCUGAGAUUGAUGUACAAGUACCGUUGCGUGAAGCAAAUGUAGAGGUUCCUGAUGUUGACAUUGGAGAGGGAAAAGGAAAAUUCAAAAUGCCCCACAUGAAGUUGCCCAAAUUUGGAAUUUCUGCACCUGAUAUAAAAGCUCCCAAAUUGGAUCUUGAUGUAAGUCUCCCCAAGGUGAAAGGUGAAAUUGAUGCAGACGUAAGCCUUCGUAAGCCCAAGGUUGAUGUAACCGUACCAGAUGUAUCAGCGGACAUCAAAGGGCCCAAGGCUGACAUCAACAUACCAACGAUGGAUGUGGAGGCAGGUUCAGCAGAAAUAAACAUUGAAGGUCCAGAUGGCAAGUUCAAAAUGCCAACAGUAAAAAUGCCACAUUUUGGGAUGUCAAUGCCAAAGUUUAAAGGCCCUGAAGUGGAUCUGAGUCUGAAAAAGCCAGACAUUGACCUUGCACUUCCUAAAGCAAAAGCAGACAUCAAGGGACCUGCGAUUGAUGUACAAUUACCUUCAUGUGCAGUAAGCGUAGAGGCUCCUGAUGUAGACAUUGGAGGGGGAAAAGGAAAAUUCAAAAUGCCCCACAUGAAGAUGCCCAAAUUUGGAAUUUCUGCACCUGAUAUAAAAGCUCCCAAAUUGGAUCUUGAUGUAAGUCUCCCGAAGGUGAAAGGCGAAAUUGAUGCAGACGUAAGCCUUCGUAAGCCCAAAGUUGACGUAACCGUACCUGAUGUAUCAGUGGACAUCAAAGGGCCCAAGGCUGACAUCAACAUACCAAUGUUGGAUGUGGAGGCAGGUUCAGCAGAAAUAAACAUUGAAGGUCCAGAUGGCAAUUUUAAAAUGCCAACAGUAAAAAUGCCACAUUUUGGGAUGUCAAUGCCGAAAUUCAGAGGCCCUAAAGUGGAUCUGAGUCUGAAAAAGCCGGACAUUGACCUUACACUUCCCACCGGAAAGGCAGACCUGAAGGGACCGGAGAUUCAUGUACAAUUACCGUCAUGUGAAGUAGAUGUAGAGGCUCCUGAUAUAAACACUGGAGGAAAAAAAGGAAAAUUCAAAAUGCCCCACAUGAAGAUGCCCAAAUUUGGAAUUUCUGCACCUGAUAUAAAAGCUCCCAAAUUGGAUCUUGAUGUGAAUUUGCCCAAGGUAAAAGGUGAAAUUGUUGCAGAUGUGAAUCUAAGUAAACCCAAAGUUGAUUUAGCCGUACCUGAUGUAUCAGCGCACAUCAAAGGUCCCAAGGCUGAUAUCAACGUACCAACAAUGGAUGUGGAGACAGGUUCAGCAGAAAUGAACAUUGAAGGCCCAGAUGGCAAGUUCAAUAUGCCAACAGUAAAGAUGCCACAUUUUGAGAUUUCAAUGCCAAAAUUUAAAGGCACUGACGUUGACAUUGGUCUGAAAAAGCCGGAUAUUGAUGUCAAUCUGCCCAAAGCUGAAGGACACAUCAAGGGACCUGAGAUUGAUAUCCACACACCAACAGUGGAACUUGACACUGGUUCAGCUGAACUCAACUUCGAAGGUCCAGAUGGGAAGUUGAAAAUGCCAAAGGUUAAAAAGCCAUAUUUUGGGUUUUCAAUGCCGAAAUUUAAAAGUCCUGAAGUGGAUCUCAGUCUGAAAAAGCCGGACAUUGACCUUGCACUUCCCAAAGGAAAAGCAGGCAUGAAGGGACCUGAGGUUGAUGUACAAUUACCGUCAUGUGAAGUCGAUGUGGAGGCUCCUGAUGUAGACGUUGGGGGAACAAAAGGAAAAUUCAAAAUGCCCCACAUGAAGAUGCCCAAAUUUGGAAUUUCUGGACCUGAUAUAAAAGCUCCCAAAUUGGAUCUUGAUGUUAGUCUGCCCAAGGUGAAAGGUGAAAUUGAUGGAGACGUAACCUUUCAUCAGCCCAAAGUUGACAUAACUGUACCUGAUGUAUCAGCAGACAUCAAAGGUACCAAGGCUGACAUCAGCAUACCAACGAUGGAUGUGGAGGCAGGUUCAGCAGAAAUAAACAUUGAAGACCCAGAUGGAAAGUUCAAGUUGCCAACAGUAAAAAUACCACAUUUUGGGAUUUCAAUGACAAAAUUUAAAGGUCCUGAAGUGGAUCUCAAUCUGAAAAAGCCGGACAUUGAUGUUAAAAUGCCCAAAGCUGAAAGACACAUCAAGGGACCUGAGAUUGAGGUAGAUUUACCAUCAUGUGAAAUAGAUGCAGAGGCUUCUGAUUUAGAUACUGGAGGAGCAAAAGGAAAAUUCAAAAUGCCCCACAUGAAGAUGCCUAAAUUUGGAAUGUCUGGACCUGAUAUAAAAGCUCCCAAAUUGGAUCUUGACGUGAGUUUACAAAAAGGUGACCUGGAUGUGAGUUUGCCCAAGGUGAAAGGUGAAAUUGAUGCAGACAUAACCUUACAUAAACCAAAAGUUGAUGUAGCGGUAUCUGAUGUAUCAGCGGACAUCAAAGGGCCCAAGGCUGACAUCAACAUACCAAUGGUGGAUGUGGAGCCAGGUUCAGCAGAAAUAAACAUUGAAGGUCCAGAUGGUAAGUUCAAGUUGCCAACAGUAAAAGUACCACAUUUUGGAAUUUCAUUGCCAAAAUUUAAAGGCCCUGAAGUGGAUCUAAGUCUGAAAAAGCCGGACAUUGACGUUAAACUGCCUACAACUGAAGGAGACAUUAAGGGACCUGAGAUUGAUAUCCACGCACCAACAAUGGAUCUUGAUACUGGUUCAGCUGAACUGAACAUCGAAGGUCCUGAUGGCAAAUUUAAAAUGCCAAAGAUUAAAAAGCCACAUUUUACGUUUUCAAUGCCAAAAUUUAAAGGCCCUGAAUUGGAUAUCAGCAGAAAAAACUCAGACAUUGACAUUACUCUGUCAAAGCCAAAAGUUGCCAUUAAAGGACCUGGGAUUGAUGUAGACGCAUCUUCUUUUGAAGCAGAUGUAGAGAAUCUUGAUGUGGAGAUUGGAAAAGCAAAAGGAAAAUUUAAAAUGCCUCACAUUAAAGGGUCCAAAUUUGGAUUUUCUGCACUUGAUAUAAAAGCUCCCAAGUUCGAUCUUGAGUUUAGUUUAGCAAAGGCUGAUAUUGACGUAAGUGCUCCUAAUGCAGAUAUCAAACCCGGCAAAUUGGAUGGUAAUUUCGGUAUUGAGCAUCUCAGUUUCGAAGGCCCUGAUAGUUCUUUAAAAAUGCCUAAAGUAGAAGUGCCAUCUUUGGAUGUGAGUUUGCCCAAAGUGAAAGGUGAAAUUGAUGCAGCGGUAAGCCUCAGUAAACCUCAAGUUGAUGUAACCCUUCCUGAUGUAUCAGCGGACAUCAAAGGUCCAGUUGCUAACAUUAACAUACCAACAAUGGAAGUGGAAGUAGGAUCAGCAGAAAUGAACAUCGAAGGUACAGAUGGCAAGGUUAAAAUGCCAAAGGCAAAAAAGCCACAUUUUAGGUUUUUAAUGCCAAAAUUUAAAGGCCCUGAAAUGGAUAUCGGCAGGAAAAAGCCAGACAUUGACAUUACACUUUCCAAACCAAAAGCAGACAUCAAGGGACCUGAGAUUGAUAUAGAAGUACCAUCAUGUGAAGUUCAUGCAGAGGCUCCUGAUGUAGACAUUGGUGGAACAAAAGGAAAAUUCAAAAUGCUGCAAAUGAAGAUGCCCAAAUUUGGAAUUUCUGCACCUGAUGUAAAAGCUCCUAAAUUGGAUCUUGAUGUGAGUCUGCCCAAGAUGGAAGGUGAAAUUGAUGCAAAUGUAAGCCUUAGUAAAUCCAAAGUUGAUGUAACUGUACCUGAUGUAUCAACAGACAUCAAAGGUCCAACGAUGGAUGUGGAGACAGGUUCAGCAGAAAUAAACAUUGAAGGCCCAGGUGGCAAAUUCAAGUUGCCAACAGUCAAAAUGCAACAAUUUGGGAUUUCAACGCCAAAGUUUAAAGGUCCUGAAGUUGAUAUUGGCAUGCAAAAAACAGACAUUGACCCUACACUUCCCAAAGCAGAAACAGUUGUCAAAAUUCCAGAGAUUGACCUCCAUGCACCAACUGUAGGUAUGGUGGCUGGUUCAGCAGACAUAAACAUUGACGGGAAAAAUGUAGGUAUCCGAAAAAUAAAAGUGGCUCAGUUGGAAAUAUUGGAUCCAAGUGUUUCAGCUUCUUUAAAGGGCACUGAGAAAGAUAUCUCCAUUGGAAAAUGUGUUGUAGAUGUUAAAGGAUUAGGUAAAGGUUCAAAAUUAAGUGGUAAAUUAAACAAUGAGGAAACAGAAUUUAAUGUGGGAAUUCCCGACAGUGAAAUAACUGGGGGGAAAAUUAGCCUAGGUGAUAUUGAUGGGAAUUUAUUUGGCACAAAGUUGAAAGGAAGUGCAUUGGAUUGUGAUGUGCAAGUGGACAUAAAAAGUUCAGAACCUGAUCUUGGGUUAUCAGUGCUGGAUACUAAUGCAGGCAGUAAAAUAGAAGCGAAACAAUCAACCUAUGGGGUUUCACUUUUAAAGGUUAGUUCCCCAACAGCACAAUGUGAAAGUGGAAUUGAUGGUGCUGGGUCAAUUUUGACAUCUGUGAAUAUUAUUCAGCCAAAACUUAAACAGGUUACAGACACAUCAACUUCAGGGCCAACCUUUGGUGGUGUAUUUGAAGGUCAUGGUGAUGAUACAGAUAUAAAAACCAAAGCUGUACCUGGAAAGGUAAAAUUUAAACUCCCCAGGAUUGGGCUUUCUGAAGCAGAGUCUACUCAGUCCGUACCUGAGCUCAAAGGUCAGAAAGAUUCUGAUGUGGUACCUUUAAAAACAACAGAGGCAACAAAGACUAAGACCAGCUGGUUUAAAUUUCCAAAAAUAAGUUUUUCAUCGCCAUGGAGAAAAGAAAAACAGGAAACUGAAGUUGGGAAAAAUGCUGCACCUGAAAUUCCAGUUUCCAGUACGCCAUCAAUUGAACUUGGUGUAAAGGCCACCAGUCUUAAAGCUGAUGAUUCAUCUGCAAAAGCAUCACCAUUAAAGCAGACAAUUGAUGAAGGUUCUGCAAAUAUUGCUCUUCGUGUUGACAAGACUGAAACAGUAACAAAGUAUGAAACACCCAGUGUCACAGCACCUGAAACGGAUGUGAAAAAGCCUAAUGAAGUUGUCACUUCAACUGCUAGAACUGAACUUGCUUUGUUGGAAUCAAGUGGUUUCAGUUUAAAUGUAGGGUCAGCCGAGGCUGAACAAAGCUACAAGGUUUCAAGCAGUGAAAGUUCUUCUGAACAUCACAGUUAUGCGAUUGGAAUUCCAACUAUAAAAUCAAGUGAGCAAAGCAAAGAAAAGGCUGGAGCCCUUGAAGUUCCUGAUCUAUCAAUGUCACAACCUGAAGGUUCUUCAUACCUAUCUUCUGCAGAGCAUUCCAAAGUUGCAAUUAAAGGAUAUCUCAUACAAGCUACCGGUGGAACAUCUGAACCUCCGACAUCUCCUACAGAGCAUUCUUCGUUCCUGUCUGAAUUCCGCAUACCAAAAAGACGAUAUGUUGUACCUGCUGGAGGCCAUGGUUUCACAAAGGAAGAUACCAAAACUGAAGGGUCUGUAGUUGUCUUAACUGAGAGCUCAACAGUACAACACGGUGACAUAACAUCUGAAGCAACAGCUUCUGCUGAAUCAUCUACUGCCUUCCAAAAUAUAAGAGAAAUUAUUCAGGGUGAGCAAAAACAAUUCUAUGAAACAUCCCAACAUUCAUCAGUUUCCAUUUCUGUGACAGAAUCAGAGAUAAAAACUGUCAAGAAGACUGUAACGAAGAAAUAGAGCAUAUAUUUAGAGUCUUGUUUAUAUUUGUGGUGUGGUGCUUUUCCUCGCUGUUUUAUGCAUUUAACCAAAUAGUACUUAAGAAUAAUUCUAUACAAAAGGGUAUGUUUUGUGUAAACAUAGGGUUAUUUCACGCAUCAUUAGGUAUUAAAGAUCAUAUUUUCAGGUAAUGAUAGAGGUUGCUUUAACAAGAACCAAACUUAAAAUAUAAGCUGCAACCAGUAAAUUGUACAUUAUUUUACACAGUUGUGUAUUAGGCUGUUCAACAACUGCUUUUGACUGAAAUGGAACUGCUGUACAGCUUUAUGGUUUCAAAUAUUCAUUCAGUAAGUAGGACCUGAUGGUCGUUUUCAAACCAGCUUAAACAUUCUUCGUUCAUAUAAAUCACACUACAGUUUUUGAUUCUUCCAGAGUAAUCACUUGAAUAACUUGUUUCAUCUAUCUGAAAUAGAGAUGGGCUUUACGCUCUUACACAUGAAAUUAUGACAGACAACCACAACCAACACAAUAGAGGAAUAGGUUUAAAGAUAUCAUAAUUUUAUCAAUGGUUAAAGCUUGAAUUUUUAAAAAUGGAUCCCAGCCCUAAUAAUGAAUUUCCUUAACCAUUUAAAUCCAUAAAAAUACAUUAGAUUCUUUUGAAAAAUGCUAUCUCCAAUGCCCUAAACAAACACACACCUUAAACACGGUUCGUGCAAUACGUGUUAUGCAAAAUAUUAAUAGAAUGACAAGAACAUAAAAUAUUUAUAAUAGAUGCCAUGAAUUAUUUCAAAAAUAAUUUGAUGUGCAUGUCGUGUGUCAUUGGCCCAGAGCCAUCUUUGUAUUAAGUGGCAUCACAAAUAGCAUGUUUAAAGCAUGUCGGUGUACAACAUGCAGCCAAUAACUGUUUAAAAAAUAAAAAAAUAAAUAUAAUCUAAUAUUUUAAGUGCAUCAGCACUCGUCAACAUGGCUCAGCUGAUAUUAGAAUUUUAAUUUGUUCUGUAAAUCAAAAUAGGCAUUAAAAUCAUUGUUUCAUGUGAAUAUCUGUUGUAAAUAUGAUUAGAUACAAUCUGUAUUCUGAAAGCUGAAUUUAUGUCACUGUUAUUGCAAAUUAUUACUCGUCUGCAUUUUGCAUCAAUAUUUUAACUCCAUUUGUUUAUGUUUUCUCAGUUAAUGUAUCUGCUACUUUUUGUGGAUAUGUUAUUAAUAAAAUUAUCUGUGUUUGGACACUAAA